GUGAAUCUGCCUCAGACUGCUAGAAUAGUGGGAACCUUUCUUCCUGUCUCUCUCCCUUUUCCUCUUCUUUCUCCAUUUCCACUCCCCUCUCUCUCACACACGCUGCACUGUACGCUGCCUAAACAUCCAUCCAUCCUUCCAUUGCAUAGCCUGCUGGGGGAUCAGUCAGAGAGGGAAAAGCAACAGAUUAUGUUCUCUGAGCCAAAUACAGCACAGCCCUGAGAUGAGACUCUCUCCAUCCUAAUUCACCUUUCUGCCCUGCAGGCCUGGACAAGAAGCGAAGGACUUUUCAGACAAGUAAGAUCUCUCUGAGAAGUCCGGACGUCGUCUUGACUGAGAAACUUGGGGAUUGAAAGUAAGCCAGGUCCACAGGGACGUCAGAGGACGUUUUGAUAUUUCUCUCCUGUUCGUGGCUGGCGAAGGGGCCGGUGAAAGUUAGCCAAGACGCCUCGAGCCGUGCUCCGCGUGAAGAAUGCCCAGGCGCGCCUGCCCAAGCCGGCCGACACGCCGGCACCGACGCCGGGCCUUUACAUGGAGCGUUCGCAAAGUCGAAUCAGCCUGUCCGCUUCCUUCGAGGCAUUGGCCAUCUACUUCCCCUGCAUGAACUCCUUCGAUGAAGACGAUGGCGACCCAGAGGGCCGCAGGUUAAAGGGUAUUCAGAGGAGCACAGAGACCGGACUGGCCGUUGAGAUGCCCAGUCGCACCGUCCGACAGGCCAGCCAUGAGUCUAUAGAAGACAGCAUGAAUAGCUACGGGUCUGAGGGCAAUCUGAACUACAGCGGGAUGUGUUUGGCAUCAGAUGCCCAGUUUAGUGAUUUUCUGGACGGUAUGGGACCAGCUCAGUUUGUGGGGAGACAAACCUUAGCUACAACUUCAAUGGGAGAUGUUGAGAUCGGUCUGAUGGAAAGGAACGGGCAGCUGGAGGUGGAGAUCAUUCAGGCUCGCGGACUCAUUUUAAAGCCUGGAUCCAAGGGCCCUCCAGCUGCCUACAUUAAAGUUUACCUGCUGGAAAGUGGCAUCUGUAUUGCCAAAAAGAAGACAAAAUCUGUCCGGAAAUCGCUAGAUCCUCUUUACAAUCAAGUCCUCGUGUUUUCAGAAAGCCCGCAGGGGAAAGUUGUGCAGGUUAUCGUUUGGGGAAACUACGGCCGAAUGGAUCGCAAAUGCUUCAUGGGCGUGGCACGCAUCCUAUUGGAGGAGCUGGAUUUGACAAACAUGGUGAUUGGAUGGUACAAGCUUUUCCCAACUUCCUCGAUGGUGGAUCCCACGAUGACUCCGCUGAUUCGACACUCUUCGCAGCUCUCUCUGGAGAGCACGGUGGGACCGUGCUGUGAACGUUCUUAGGGCCACAAACUUGACUUUUAUUUUUCUCUGGAAGGGCUCUCAAAGCCCUUUUUCCUAAGAGCGCUGGAUGUGCAUGGCUGCAUCACUGAAACCCUCUGGAAUGUUCUAGAAUUUCCAAGAACAGAACGGAUCAACUUCUGGAAUAUUCCAGAACGUCCCACAGAGGGAAUGCUCUUUUUAAGCCUCUGCAAAGAGACUUCGGGACGGGAAAAAAUGCAGACCAAACGUCUGGGCUUUGUUUCAGCUUUACACAUGCGCCUGUGAUGGUUGGUGUUUCUUUAGAGGAAACGUCCUCGGGUUUAGAAUUCAAAGGUAAACUCGUUUUUGAAGGUAUCGUUUUGAACGCCGGUUGGUUUUUAUUAGGCUAAAUGGAUGGGUUUUGUGCAAUAUGACAAAUAAGAGAUGAAUGUAUUGGUGAAAAAAAUGUGCGGGUUUGUUCAUUUCCUCGCUUAAUUAAAAACAACAGAAUAUAAAUUUAUCUUUAAAAGAUUUAACAUGUAUAGUUCAAAGAUUCAAUGUUUGUGGUUCAUGCUUUUGUUGGCAUUGAGACCUUUUUGUUCAUCUGUCUUAUCAUUGAACAGUGCCAAUGCUACCGGCAAGUGACUUUACUUUGUGGUUAGUGACAAGACGCUUUAUGAACUAAUAAUUUAAGCGGAAUUUAAAAGACAGAUGCUAGAUUUAUAGUUAUUUUUGACAUGACAUGCCAGAUAAGGACAUUUUGAUUAUACAUGUUUUUCCCUAAUAGUGUAUGGAAAAAAAUAGUUCAACGGGCUUAUAAACCCGAGGUAACAUAAGAUUAUAAAAUGUUCAUCUGAAAAAGCGACAUUGUCAGCAUAGUUACAAAUGUUACGACCAUUAGCGGUCGACCGAUUAGACUAUUUUGAUCGUCAAUGCCUGUAGCAAUGUCAAAAGAUUGAGGCAGUAAAGCUGAAUUUGAAGUAUAAGGAUAUUGAAUAAGAUGAAUUCCAAUUCGACCAUAAAUUUUAUGUUAUUUACUCAAAAAUGACUCAAACUAAAUGUUAAAAUAUAAAACGAUUCUGAGGCUUUGCCAAUU